GCAACUCAUACUCAACUUGGCAGUCAGAGAAGCAACACGAAGCCUAGACCUACUACAAGAUAGCGCGCUCAGUCGCUGAAUGUAUUUUGUCGAAGACAUUUAAUCUAACGUCAAUAGAAUAAUUAGAACUCUCGCUAUAACCAUCUGUUACGAAGAGAAUAUUCCGCGGAGGCUAUACUACUCGUUCCACGUUUGUUAAUUAUAAGUUAUAAUUGCGGUAAAGUGACAAAAGAGAUGGCUUCUCCAGCAAUAGGCAUCGACUUGGGAACCACCUACUCCUGCGUGGGCGUGUUCGAGAACGGCAAAGUCGAAAUCAUCGCCAACGACCAGGGUAACAGAACCACGCCUUCUUAUGUGGCCUUUAAUGACACAGAAAGGCUGAUCGGAGAUGCAGCCAAGAACCAGGCCGCCAUCAACCCCACCAACACCAUCUUCGACGCCAAGAGGCUCAUCGGACGCAAGUUCGACGACCCCACCGUCCAGAGCGACAUGGAGCACUGGCCCUUCAGAGUGACCAGCGAGUCGGGGAAGCCCAAGAUCCAGGCAGAGUUCAAGGGCGAAGUCAAGACCUUCAAUCCAGAGGAGAUCUCCUCUAUGGUCCUGAUGAAGAUGAAGGAGACUGCAGAGUCCUACUUGGGCAAGAAGGUGUCCGACGCCGUCAUCACAGUGCCUGCAUACUUCAACGACUCCCAGAGGCAGGCCACCAAAGACGCAGGCACCAUUGCAGGCCUGAACGUCCUGCGCAUCAUCAACGAACCCACGGCUGCCGCCAUCGCCUACGGACUGGACAAGAAAGCGACGAGUGGCAGAGAACGCAACGUCCUCAUCUUCGAUCUUGGUGGCGGCACUUUCGACGUGUCGAUUCUGAACAUCGACGACGGCGUGUUCGAGGUGAAAUCGACCGCAGGAGACACCCACCUGGGAGGGGAGGACUUCGACAACCGUCUGGUGAGUCACUUCCUGCAGGAGUUCCAGAGGAAGUACAAGAAGGACAUCAGCGGGAACAAGAGGGCCAUCCGACGUCUACGCACAGCCUGCGAGAGAGCCAAGCGAACUCUGUCGUCGUCUGCUCAGGCAAGUGUGGAGAUCGACUCUCUGUUCGAAGGCAUCGACUUCUACACGUCCAUCACCCGCGCCAGGUUCGAGGAACUGUGCGCUGACCUGUUCCGCAACACCCUGGCCCCUGUGGAGAAGGCCCUGAGGGACGCCAAGCUCGAUAAGGGCAGCAUCGACGACAUCGUCCUAGUAGGAGGCUCGACACGUAUCCCGAAGGUGCAGAAACUUCUGCAGGAGUUCUUCAACGGGAAAGAGCUGAACAAAUCGAUCAAUCCUGACGAAGCAGUGGCUUAUGGAGCAGCCGUGCAGGGCGCCAUCCUUCGAGGGGACCAGUCAGACACCGUGAAGGACCUUCUGCUGCUGGAUGUGGCUCCUCUCUCCUUGGGCAUCGAAACUGCCGGCGGCGUCAUGACUGCGCUGAUCAAGCGAAACACCACAAUCCCCACCAAGCAGACGCAGGUCUUCACCACCUACUCAGACAACCAGCCUGCCGUCACCAUCCAGGUGUACGAGGGCGAAAGGGCGAUGACCAGAGACAACAACCUCCUGGGCAAGUUCGACCUGACGGGCAUCCCUCCAGCGCCUCGGGGAGUUCCCCAGAUCGAGGUCACCUUCGACAUCGACGCCAACGGGAUACUGAACGUGUCUGCCGCAGACAAGUCGUCUGGGAAGUCGAACAAGAUCACCAUCACCAACGACAAAGGGCGGUUGAGUAAGGAGGACAUCGAUCGCAUGGUGCAGGAGGCGGAGAAGUACGCCGCGGAAGACGCCCUGCAGAAGGAGAGGAUCGACGCCAAGAACCAGCUGGAGUCUCUGUGUCUGAACGUGAAGAGUUCCCUGAGCGAAGAGGCGGUGUCGAGCAAGAUCAACGACGAGGAGAAGAGUCGUGUGAAGCAGCUGGUGGAAGAGACGCUCACCUGGAUCGACAGGAACCAGAUGGCGGAGAAGGACGAAUUCGAGGACAAGACGAAGAGGCUGGAGGAGGUGUGGAGGCCCAUCGCUGCCAAGAUCUACGGAGGAGCGUCUGGGCAGGGGCCCGCCUUCGGUGCCAACAACAACAAGCAGUAUGGCGGUGCAGGCAGAGGACCUACUGUCGAAGAAGUCGACUAAACUAUAGAUCAAUAGUCACUUGUACAUAAUUAUCAUUCAUUUUCAUACGAAAUGUCAUUCAUUCAGUUAUUUCAUUUCAUUCUUUUUUUCGUUCAUAACUUGUGAUAGAAGCUCAAUAUCGUAUUCAUAACAUUCCAUAUCCAGUAUUCAUUAAGGUAUAGUUUACAUGAGAAAUUGUAUAAUAUUUAUAGAAAUAAAUAAUUAAAAAUGCAA